AUGGGCGUCGAGGGGAACGUGGGCGUCAGCAUCGUUUCCCCGAACCUGGCCAGGGAGAUCGGGCAGGCGGAUUCAGGACAGGCUGUGCCAACCUCCGCGGACAUCAAGGCCCAGAUCGCGGCUGCGAAGCGGGCCAUCACGCAGAGCAAGCCACCGUCGUUUCAUUUUGCAUCGUGUUCGGCGGCGCUGGAAAGGGCGAAGGCGCGGCACUUGCAGGCGAAGCUCGUGCUGCAAGACGCCACCAAGGAGGUCACGGCAGCCGAAGUUGCAGUGGCAUCCCCCGAGGCGGAGUGCAAGAAACCGCAGACGCAGAUCGCUACAUCUUCCGGCCGGCGGGCGCCCCCGGUGGUGCCUCAGCACAUCGUGGACGAGGCCAAGAGCGCCAUGAGCACGCUGUACCACAAUUUGGUCGCAGUGGCCGCUGAGGCGCAGAAGAAGAGCGCGGAGCAGGCCAGUGGGCCGGAGGCGCAUUCGCCGCCUCGCAAGCUCAUUCGGUCCAGCUCUUCGCCGGCACUUUCGCCAGCGAGGGUGCCAGCAGGGAACGGGGACGAUGACUCCGUGUUUCACGAGGCCCCGGAGACAAAG